UGAUUAUAAUCAUGGCAGUGUUUUGCUAGUGCAAACAAUAAUUUUGUUGUGAAUAUCUUUCAUAGCGAAUAAACCAAAAUAUUUACACUUUAUUUAGUGUUACUUACAGUUAGCAGGAUGAUUUUCAUAAUUUGAGGAAUUUUAUUUUGUAUUAUAUCAAGCAUUAGCUGUAAAACAUGUCGGUAUUUUUCGUAAAUGCUAAUCAAGAUAGUGAAGUUGAAGGAGAUUCCAAUGGAGAUCUUCAAAUUGCAUCACCAGGUAGUUCUGAAGCUCAACAAGCUUUGGCCCAAUUUUGGCCAAAGGUUACAGAAGAAAUUAAAAAAAUUACUACUAUGGAUUUAAAAACACAGUCAUUACCAUUGGCUAGGAUAAAGAAGAUAAUGAAAUUAGAUGGUGAUGUAAAAAUGAUAAGCGCAGAAGCUCCUAUGCUGUUUUCUAAAGCUGCAGAAAUAUUUAUACAUGAGCUAACCUUGAGGGCAUGGGUUCAUACAGAAGAUAAUAAAAGACGUACUCUUCAACGGAAUGAUAUAGCCAUGGCAAUAACUAAGUAUGAUCAGUUUGACUUUCUCAUUGACAUAGUGCCUAGAGAUGAAUUGAAACAAAGUAAAGCACAGACCGAAAGUACUGUACGCACUUCUAUGAACUCGGAUCAGGUACAUUAUUAUUUUCAAUUAGCGCAACAACAAGCUUCUGUUAAUCAAAAUGUACAAAGUGGUAACACUGCUACACAACCUAUACAAAUUGUACAGCCUUCUACUGGACAGAUACAAACAAUCAAUAUUGGUAGUCCUGUAGAACAGGAGACUACUGGUGGAAGUACAACACAGACUGUAACAGUGCAGAGUCCACAACAAUCGUCAGGACAACAAAUUAUACAACUACAGCAAGCUCAACAAACACCUACUACACAAACUGGAGGGAUACAAAUUGUGCAACAAAUUGUGACACCUAGCGGCGAAAUUCAACAAAUACCUGUAUGCACAUUUCUCAUCGUAAAAUUGUUAAUUUGUAAGUACUUUGGUAUUCGUACAGAAAUUUGUAUAUUAUUUCAGAUACAGUUGACACCUCAGCAACUUCAAAUGAUACGUAUGCAAGUACAAGGUGGAAGUAAUCAGCCAAUCAUAAUACAAACUGCUCCGAUACAAGCUCAACCUCAAUUAAUACAAGUUGCACAAGGUGCCCAAGCACCAGUCUUCUUACAAACUAGCGGAACUGACAAUGAGUAAAUAUUAAUUAAUUUUAAGGAAUAUUUAAUAUCUAGUACAACAAUCUUAAAUUUAAAACAGGAUAAAACAGUAAAGAUAAGCUUGUAUGGUAAGGAAUAAAAAUUUUUUUAAAUUAUUC